CUCGAAAUUUGUACAGCUUGGGGCCAUAUCUUGACUCGAUCCGUCAUUGCUUAUCAUAACGAAUUGAAAAUAAAAGUAGAAUUACGAAAAUUUUAUAUUUCACGCUUGUAAGGAAGCUGUGGCCACCUCUAUGGCGCUUCAGAACACAUUUUGAGAACCACUGAUGUUCUAUAUAUGUAUGGAUAUGAAGAAGGGGAAGCUGAAACGAUUCAAUAGUGUGUGGUAGUGCCGGGUUGAACGUUGGUUAUUUUUGAUAUUUUAUACUUUUUUAAUUUUGCAGAUUGAUCGUUAUAUCAAUUGUUCAUAACUAUUAAACAUUGAAAAUUAGAACUGUAAGAUUUAAAAAAGAAAAUGUCUUCAAAGCCUGCAUAUAAAAUCGCCGAUAUAGAUUUGGCAGAUUGGGGCAGAAAAGAGAUAACCUUAGCUGAAAAUGAAAUGCCUGGUCUUAUGGCAAUAAGAAAAAAAUAUGGUCCAUCUAAAAUAUUAAAGGGAGCUCGCAUUGCGGGUUGCCUUCAUAUGACUGUACAAACUGCUGUUCUUAUUGAAACUUUAGUAGAACUUGGAGCAAAGGUACAAUGGUCAUCGUGUAAUAUCUUUAGUACACAAGAUCAUGCAGCUGCUGCUAUUGCAAAAGUUGGAGUACCUGUUUAUGCAUGGAAGGGUGAAACAGAGGAAGAGUAUUUAUGGUGUAUAGAACAGACCUUAGUGUUUGAAGAUGAUAAACCUUUAAAUCUAAUCCUCGACGAUGGUGGUGAUCUUACAAAUCUUGUACAUACUAAGUUUCCACAGUACUUAAAAGAUUGUCGAGGAAUAUCAGAAGAAACUACAACCGGAGUACAUAAUCUUUAUCGUAUGAUGAAAGAAGGAACUCUCAAAGUGCCUGCAAUCAAUGUUAAUGAUUCAGUUACAAAGAGCAAAUUUGAUAAUUUAUAUGGAUGUAGAGAAUCUUUGAUUGAUGGUAUCAAAAGAGCAACUGAUAUCAUGAUCGCUGGAAAAGUAUGUGUGGUAGCAGGAUAUGGGGAUGUUGGUAAAGGAUGUGCACAAAGUCUUAGGGCCUUAGGUGGUCGUGUUAUUAUUACAGAAAUAGAUCCUAUAAAUGCAUUACAAGCAGCUAUGGAAGGAUAUCAAGUAACUACAAUGGAAGAAGCAUCUAAGAUAGGUCAGAUUUAUGUUACAACCACAGGAUGUAAAGACAUUAUUUUAGGCGAACACUUUUUAAAUAUGCCAAAUGAUGCUAUUGUUUGUAAUAUUGGACACUUCGAUUGCGAAAUAGAUGUUGCAUGGUUAGAAAAGAAUGCAGUAAAAAAAAUUAAUAUCAAGCCUCAAGUGGAUAGAUAUACUUUGAAAAAUGAUAGACACAUCAUUUUACUAGCAGAGGGCCGUUUAGUUAAUUUGGGAUGUGCGACAGGACAUUCUAGUUUUGUCAUGAGUAAUUCUUUUACAAAUCAAGUAUUAGCACAGAUUGAGUUAUGGAGUAAAUCUGAACUCUAUAAUGUAGGCGUCCAUAUACUACCAAAGAAAUUAGAUGAAGAAGUUGCAGCACUACAUCUUAAUCACCUUGGCGUAAAAUUAACCAAAUUAACAGCAGAACAAUCUAAAUAUCUUGAUGUUCCCAUAGAGGGUCCUUAUAAGGCCGAUCAUUAUAGAUACUAGCCUUUUUGUAAACAUUCUUUAUGUACUUGAAUAAAAAUGAUCAAA